GGGGCGGGAGCGGCCGCCGGCAGGGAGCCGAGCCGCGAUGAAGAAGCCGGACGGGAAGGUGGUGCUGCUGGGGGACAUGAACGUGGGCAAGACCUCCCUGCUGCACCGCUACAUGGAGCGGCGCUUCCAGGAGACGGUCAGCACCGUCGGCGGCGCCUUCUACUUGAAGCAGUGGGGUCCGUACAACAUCUCCAUCUGGGACACCGCAGGACGGGAGCAGUUCCAUGGCCUUGGGUCUAUGUACUGCAGAGGAGCAGCUGCUGUGAUCCUCACGUACGAUGUGAACAGCUUCCAAAGCCUGACAGAGCUGGAAGAAAGAUUCUUGGCACUGACAGACAGUGCAAGUGCUGACUGCAUUUUUGCUAUUGUUGGAAAUAAAGUUGACCUCAGUGAUGACUGUACUUUGCCACCAGAUGAAAAUAGACCUGAGAAAUCUGUUGCCAGCUGUGGCUCGAAGGUGCGAAAACAAGUCCGUGCAGAGGAUGCGAUUGCGCUCUACAAAAAGAUACUGAAAUACAAAAUGCUAGAUGAGAAGGAUGUUCCAGCAGCUGAGAAAAUGUGUUUUGAGACCAGUGCAAAAACAGGAUACAAGGUGGACUACCUCUUUGAAACUGUAUUUGAGAUGGUAGUCCCAAUAAUUGCACGGCAGAAAGCUGAGGGGCCACCGCAAACUGUGGACAUCACGGACUACAAGCCAGCAAAAAGGACAAAAUCAGGUUGUUGUGCCUGAUCUGUUUACGUGACGUAAGAAAAGGGGAGGGAUUGUUCGCUCCAGCAAAAUGAGGAGUAAGAAGUGCUUGCAGCUCUCCAGAAAGGAAAAGUCAAAGCAUAAAUAAAUAGACUAAAAUGGUGUAUCCAAAAAGAAACCAAAACCAACCCAACAAAAAAAAUCUUCUGACCAUUAAAAGCUUCUGGGAAGCUCUGUGUAUAAAAAUGGGAAUGCAAGUGAAAUUAUGGAGUAAGACUUGCCAGUUUCUAUGGGCUCUGAAGACAAAUGGUGUGUUAGUACAAUUGGUAGUGACAAUCAUUUGGACAGUUUUGAAGGAGUCUGACUUUUAGUGACUUGUCAUUUCAUGUUGCAUAUAAAUGAUCUGUUUGUGUACUCUUGACAACUUUCAUAUAAUUGUCAUUUUUCCCCUUAUGAUUCUAACUUUGGAAGAUUGAACACGUGGUACUUUUUUAUUCUUAAGAUUAAAAAAAGAAAAUCCAGGUAUAAUUUAUAUUUGUAGCUAAUAAGGCAAUUACAGUCUUUUUAUGUCAGACAUGACAGUGUACAAUUCAGAAACUGAACUAUUAAAAUCACUGUGGAUCUGUACUAUUCA